AUGAACUGGACAUAUAAGCACACAAACACAAUCAGUACUACAAGAAGCCCUACCGGCUCUAUCGCAUCGGGCAUUGAUGGCUGGAACGCAUAUGGUGUUGAACUUCGUUGGAAGUCCACUGACCUUAAUUCGGCCCCGGUUACGGCGUUUGUUUCACUCACCACAGCAGUUGUAACACCGACAACGAUAACAACGACUCAAGUAUCAGAAGAGGAAUCUCCGGGAUUUUCACCAGGUGCUAAAGCAGGCACAGGCGUUGGAGUCGGACUAGGGGCUAUCUUGACUAUUCUAGGGAUUGGGGUUUGA